UUCCAUUCUCUGCUCCAGUUCGAAAGCCGCCCCCCAUUACCCUAAAAUUUUAUGUCCACAUUUCUCCUCUCACGUCCGGCGAUCACCGAUUCUCUCCGGCCGGCGGCUCCCCGUAAUCCCCCACGACACAUGGCCGCCUGCGUCGAGUGCUGCCGAAGCAACUCCGCGUCGAUCAAUCCUCUCUCAUUCACACACUCCCAUUCGCGGAUCGAUGAAAACCUAAUCGACUGGCCAGCAUUCCCGGAUCUCGCCUGCCCUUCGGACGACCUACCUUUCCCAGCUGGAGACUCCGGCGAGGAUGCAGACGAAGUAUGGGCACAGAUAAGGGCCGAAGCCCUCUCCGAUGCUGACGACGAGCCCAUACUCUCAAGGUACCUUUCCGAUCUCAUCCUCUGUCACGAUUCCCUCGAAUCUGCCCUCGCGGACCUCCUUGCUAGAAAGCUCUGCAUUCCUAACCUCAUACCUGCUUCCGAUCUUCGCGAUCUCUUCGCUCAAGCCCUAAUCGAUGAUCAAUCUAUCAUGUGUGCUGUGCGCGCCGACCUUCUCGCGGCGCGCGAUCGGGAUCCGGCGUGCUCCAAGAUGGCGCACUGUUUCCUCUACUACAAGGGUUUCCUCGCCUGCCAGGCGCAUCGUGUAGCCCACCGGCUUUGGAAUACUGGUCGGCGUGCGGCGGCGUUGAUGAUCCAGAGUCGGUCGUCGGAGGUUUUUGCGGUGGAUAUUCACCCUGCGGCCCGAAUCGGUGCCGGAUUACUCCUUGAUCACGCCACCGGAUUGGUGAUCGGAGAGACGGCGGUGGUCGGCGAUGAUGUCUCGAUCUUACAUAACGUGACUUUGGGGGGCACUGGGAAGGAUACCGGCGAUCGGCACCCAAAGAUCGAGGAUGGUGUUCUGGUCGGAGCCGGGACGCAGAUCCUCGGUAACGUGAGAAUUGGUAAGGGGGCGAAAGUGGGUGCGGGAUCGGUGGUGCUCAAGGAUGUGCCGGCGAGGACAACGGCGGUGGGGAAUCCGGCCAGAUUGUUGGGAGGAAAGGAAAAUCCGGUUCGGCUCGACCGGUUGGCCGGCUUGACUAUGGACCACACCUCGUGGUCCGAUUAUGUCAUAUGAUUUCCAAUUGCGUAUAAGAAGGUUUUAAAUGAAUCGGGAAUAGUUUGAAUGGAGAUAGUGCUCAAUUUGGUUUGAGCUCCUUCUUUGAAUUACUAUUAUUCGAUGAUUCGAGAAUGGAGUCUGUUGGAGCUGUUAUUGUAAGUGGAGAUAGGGACAAUGCUAGUUUUAUGUGAAACAAUCAAUUGAAUUCAUAGUUCUUACAUAUUUACCAAAUUAAUAGUUACUGUUCCAAAGUGAAAUAUCGAAUCUAUAUUUGUAUAUCUAAAACAAUCAAUUUAUAAUGAAUUUAGCAAUUAUAAGGUCUUC